AUGUCUCCAAUUGCUGUUCAACCUACAACAGCCACCGCAUCCACCACUACCACAACCAUUCUCCCUACCUCCAUUGCAACGCCCCCGACUCACCCAGACCUUAUCCGAGUCGACCGGGGCACAAAGGCCUUCUCCUCCAGCGCCGUGUCCCUCGUCUCACUCCCCGCCGGCUCCCUCUUCGCCAAGAUUACCACAGCCACUCCCUCCAAGAAAGCAUACACGUCCGUACAGACUGGCGCCAACAGCCACAUCGAGCUGAACUCCGAUCUCGUCUAUUGCAACCACUCAUGCAACCCAUCGCUGAACUUCGACAUGGGCAAGAUGGAGGUCCGAGUCGUCGAUGAUCGUGACCUGAAGGUGGGCGACCAGCUCACAUUUUUCUAUCCCAGCAGUGAGUGGGAUAUGGACCAGCCGUUCCAGUGCAACUGUGGAGCUGGCGAGGGUGUAUGCAAGGGGUUGAUCGAUGGGGCAAAGAAGAUGGACCGGAAGGAUUUGGGGGAAUACUGGCUAAACGACCACAUCCAGGAGUUGUUGCAGCAGAGGGACUCUUCGUGA